AUGGUGAUGAUGUUUGCCUAUUGUCAUCCGGCCAGCGCUGACUGCAGUGGUGCUCAUUGCGCGGCGAUGGAUGCAAAGGCCGAUGACUACCAAAUGCUGCUGCAGCAAACCAGCAAGCCAAGCGCAAGGCAGACUGCGCAUGCGGCCCUGGUCCACCACAGCACGGGAUCGGCCGCUGCCUCUGGAGAGCGAGCGGCCCACCUGCUGGCAACAAACUCCAGCAAGGAGAAGGCGUGCUCGAAGGUGACAGGCUCCUUCUGCCUCACCGGUAUCUGCAAUGAUGCCCUCAGCGCGGAGUGCGAUUCGACCAUGGGGUCCCUCACAGCAGGGCAAUGUGUGUGCCCACAGUUCACGUGCUUUUCUGAAGGCAAGUGCCAGUGGUCGGUCGGUGAAAUCCGAGACGCUGUGGGGAGUGGAGCUACUAAUGUGGUCGACCAGGUGACCGCUGUGGCCGCAAAGGUCCCCGGGCUCGCUGACGCUGCUGGUGCCAUGGAGGGCGUAUGGAACACAGUGAGUGGAGUCUUCGGCUCCAUCUUUGGUUCCGGAGGCUGCUCCGGCUACGUUGGCCUGUGCUGGGGCCAGUGCUCAAAUCAGGCGCA